AUGUCGCAGUCUUGUAUGAGAACACUGAGAUCAGCUUUUAUUACCAAGGUGAGGAAGGAUAAGUUAUCAGGACUGGUGGGGCCUUGUCAAGCCAGCGCGUGCGCUGCGUUCAAGGAUUGGGCUCGGCGCGCUGCUGCUAGAGAAGCCGAGGCGAAUCGUCUCUUCUCGCUCGAACCUGGUAGCGGUAAGGGUAGAACGGGAAAGACCAGUGCUAACACCAGUAGCAGCACCAGCAACAGCGACGACACGAGUAGCACCAAUCCAACCGCUGUGAAUUAUUCAGCUCUCUUGAAUGCGUCAACCAGCGGCCGCAAAGGACGGCGGUUAAUUGAAGAGUCUAAUCCGGAUUAUACCGAGGUGGAGCAGCGUCAGAAUGGCGGAUUCGGCGUGCUAUGCAGCCAAAGGUGGCACCAAGAUUUGUUACAUUGGGUUACCAGCAACAAUCACCUGAUAUCGGCGUUCAACUUGGGAUAUGUUAGUGCUGAGAACAUAUCAGAGGGGGUGACGAAAGUGUGCGACCAUAUGCGACAGGUGGAGAGGUCGCUGGCGAAUGAGAGCGCGUCGCAGUGCGAGCAGUGGCCGGAGUCGUGCUGGCCGAUUCCCCACGUGCCGUUCUCCCUCCUCAGUGACUUCCCUCGGCGCAAGUACCUGGUGGUGGCAUUCACCAUGGAGCAGAUGAGCAACGCCAGAACGCACCUGGCGGAGGCUGCUCGCGUGGCAGAGGAAUCCGGGCGCAUCCUCGUGCUGCCCAAUGUGAGUGCUGUUGGUAAAGGCACAAGGGUGGAGUGGGUGUCGCCAGAGUUCUUCCUCCUCACUGCCCGUGCUGCCUUCCUCAACCCCUCCGUGGGCUUCGUGUGUGUCAAGACCGAGUCCCUGCACCGGCCCUGCUUCAAGUACCGAGAGCUAGUGGAGAUCCUGGGGCAGGUGCUGACGUUCGCCAUGGGGCAUGUGCCCAUGCCCAGCAACACUAUUGACGUCAAGAUGCCGCAGUCUAAGGACGUCUUUAAUAUGCUGCUGCACGCAUGGAGUGACAGGGACGUGGUGGUGUGGAUGAAAACAACCUUCCAGCGCAUCGAAUACGUGCCACGGACAGACGUGGUUGUGCGCGCAGUGCUGCCGUACCGGCCCACGUGGCACGACACGGCUGCUCGGAUUGUUGCGAAGCUGCCCAAGCCAGUCAUAGGCGUUCAUUUCCGCUCCGAGUUCAUCUCCUGGAACGUGCCGCGGUCGGAGUCGUGGAGGAGCAUGGAGCAGUGGCUGGGAAGGAAGAACACGAGGAGGGCGUCCAGAGGAGCGCUGAGAUGGCUCAGGCAGCACGUGGAGGGGACGGUCAUGAUCGAUGAGGUGGUGCCCGCUGUCAACGGCUACGAUCCAGGUGGGUCUGGGUGUGUGUAUGGGUGCAGUGGUUGGCUCAGGCAGCACGUGGAGGGGACGAUGAUGAUUGAUGAGAUCAUGCCCGCUGUCAAUGGCUAUGAUCCAGUGUUCAUAGUGGCAUACAUCCCGUUCACAGGGCGGUACUGCAGGCUCACAGCACUUAAGCUACCUCACCCAAUCCCUCCUCAUCCCUGUCAUUUCCCCUUUCUCUCCCUCCCAGGCAUCGUGUCAAUCCUGGACAAGCUGGUGACCGCCAAGGCGGAUAUAUUCGUGGGUGCAGAGCGGUACUGCGGGGGGAAGAGGGGCUUUGAGUCGGACAUUCUGCAGCACAGGGAUGAGUAUGGGCAGCCAGCGGAUAGUGUUGUGCGGUGGGGAUAUGAGGAAUAG